AUGGCGUCCACAGCAGCAAAAGAGAGCUAUCCAGGCUACCCUGAGCUAUCCGUUCCGAAGGGUAGAGAAUUCAGUGGCGGCGACCUCCUGGCUCAGACCCUAGUUCACCUAGGUGUGAGCGUCGCCUUUGGCUUGCACGGAGGGCAUCUCGACGCUUUCCUCAUGGGGGCAUCGGAUUCUGGAAUCCGCCUCAUCGACACCAGGCACGAGACAGUCGCCGUGCAGGCUGCCGAGGGCUACGCCAAGGUCAAGGGCCAAGUCGGCGUAUGUUUCUUCACUGCGAAUAGUGGAUUCGGCAAUGCGUUGGCCGGGCUUUCAACUGCCAUGGCCGAUAGGAGCCCCAUAUUCUGUGUCACCAGCUCUGCGCCGCAACGCGACGCCGAGAUGAACGUCCUGCAGGGCUUCCACGACCAGAUCGUCGUCAGCAAACCUGCUAUCCAGAAGGCCGUGGAAAUGUUCUCUGCGUCGAAGCGCCCGGUCAUUAUCACUGGCGCAGGAGCCAGGGGUCUUGAAGAGGAUUCAUCCUUCCACGAUUUCGUUGCGAAAGCUCGAAUCCCCACAUUCCAUAGCAACGAGUACUCGGGUGCUCUGCCCAACAAACAUCCUCUCCGGGGCGGCGUUGCGAACCUCCUGAGUGGCCUUGAGGCAAUCAACCAUCCGGCUCCGGAUCUUGUGUUGUUGCUCGCGGCGCGGACAGGUUUCUUCCUGGGGGGUCGAGGCUCUCCUUGCACGCCCCACCCCGAUGUAUGCCAGUACAUCCAGGUGGAUGUGGACUCUGGGGAAAUCGGCAGGGCCCAGGAAAUCCACCUUGGGAUCACAUCAGAUGCCAAGCCGGCCAUGGAUGCUCUGGCUAGCGGCCUGGGCGCCGUCAAGUACACAGCACCAGGCGACUGGGUCAAGACGACAAUGGCGCUGAAGGCUGGGCCGAUGCCCCAGGAAAAGGAUGCCGAAGAAUAUGAGCCCGGUAGAGUGCAUCCAUACCACGCACUCAAGAAGGCCUUUUCUUCAUUGCCCGAGGAUGCAACGCUGUCCAUAGAUGGCGGCGAAGUGGGCAGCUGGACUGUCAUAACCAGCGAGUUCCUCCGACCGAAAAGAGUCAUCUUCAGCUGUGGCUAUCUCGGGUUCCUCGGCAAUGGUUGGGGCUAUUGCUUAGGCGCCAGCAUCGCUGAGCCGGAACGCCUGGUGGUAAACAUCCAAGGCGAUGGCUCCGGAGGUCUGCACCUUGCGGAGCUCGACACCUACGCCCGCUUCGGCGCCAAGAUCCUCACCAUCGUUUGUAACAACUACUGCUGGGGUAUGAGCCAAGGCGGCCAGGAGAUCAUCUACGGGCCUAUUACAAAGGCACGGCCCGCGGCAAUGCUUUCACAGGAGAUGAAUUUCAGCACUGUUGCUAAGGGCCUGGGGUGCGCCUCUGAGCGCGUCAGCAAGCCAGCAGAUAUCGAUGAUGCUGUCAAGAGGCUGGCUCAGAGUGCGUUGUCGGGCAAGCCAGCUCUCUUGGAAAUCAUCACGAGCUCACACCCUAUACACCCUGGUACCAUUGCCAUGGUCGGUGCCACGGACGACAAGAAUGUCAUAGUUGUACCUUACUAUGACAAUGUGCCAAGGCCUCACUUCAACUAA